CUGCCUCUUAGCCUCCCUCCUUUCUGCCUGCUCUUGCGCAGCUUAUCUGUUGCUGUACCUCCUCUCGUCCUUCUCCUCCCGGUUCUUUCGCAGACAAAAUAUGCCCUGCGCCUCCUGCCAGUCCUGCCUGCCCUGUCGAUUCUGACCUCCUUUCGCCCGUCUCUCUCCCGCACAAUGGCCACCGCCGUCGCCAAUGGCCAUGCCACCCCCCCCUCCGCCGAUGCGGCCAAACAACGCAGGCUGAUCCACCACCAUGCCGAUGUCGUGAUUGUGGGCGCCGGCAUUUUGGGAUGCGCACUGGCCGUGACACUUGGAAAACAGGGGCGCAGCGUCCUGCUGCUGGAGAAUUCCAUGAAGGAGCCCGACCGCAUCGUCGGAGAGCUGUUGCAACCCGGCGGCGUCGAGGCUCUCGAGAAGCUGGGUCUCGCGGAUUGUCUGGAAGACAUUGACGCGAUCCCGGUAGAGGGCUACUACGUGUCAUAUUUCGGCAAGCCAGUGUCGUUCGCGUACCCCAAACCGUCGCCGUCGUCGCCGCCCCCGCAAGGCCGUUGCUUCCACCAUGGCCGGUUUGUCAUGAAACUGCGCGCGGCCGCGCUGGCGUGUCCCAACGUCACAGUGGUAGAGACUAAGGCUACGGACCUGGUCACUUGCUCUCACACCAAGCAGGUUCUUGGGGUUCAGUGUGUGACCAAGGACAUGAAGGAUUGCUACUUUGGCCAUCUUACGGUGGUGGCCGAUGGCUAUGCUUCAAAAUUCCGCAAACAAUACCACACCAACACCCCCCAGGUCCGGUCGAAAUUCUGGGGCUUGGAAUUGAUCGAUGCAGACCUCCCAAAGCCUUAUCAUGGCCACGUUCUUCUGAGCGACAAUGCCCCUAUCCUCGUGUACCAGAUUGGCACCCAUGAGACCCGAAUCCUUAUCGACAUUCCCGAGAAUCUCCCAUCGGCCUCUGUUAAGAACGGCGGUGUCAAGGGACACCUUCGCAACGUCGUCCUACCCUCUCUUCCCAAAUCUAUCCAGCCUUCCUUCGUCACUGCGUUAGAAAAGGGCCAGCUGCGCUCGAUGCCCAAUUCGUAUCUCCCCAGCGCACAGAACAAGACUCCAGGUCUAGUCAUCUUGGGCGAUGCUCUCAACAUGCGGCAUCCCCUGACCGGUGGAGGAAUGACUGUCGCUUUCAACGACGUCGUGGUUCUGCGUGACCUGCUAGGUCCGGAGAAGGUUCCCAGUCUUGCUGAUCACCAGAAAGUGCUGCAGCAGCUGUCUUCGUUCCACUGGCAACGGAAGAAGGCAUCAUCAGUCAUCAACAUUUUGGCCCAGGCCCUCUACGCUCUGUUUGCUGCCAAUGACGAAAAUCUCCGUGCUCUUCAACGAGGCUGCUUUCGCUACUUCCAGCUAGGAAUGACCAGCGGCCCUGUAGGUCUCCUGGGUGGUCUGAUCAAGAAGCCUGCCGUCCUCUUCUGGCACUUCUUCAGUGUCGCCUUCCUAUCGCUCUGGCUCGUCAUUACCGAAUCCCCCAUAUAUAAACUUCCCCUGUCCCUGUUCCAAUGCAUCAUGGUGUUCUGGACGGCAUGCAUCGUCAUCUUCCCUUACAUGCUGAUAGAGGCAUUUUGCUAACCAAGAAAUCCUCUGCCUCCUUCCCAGCAUGCAAUCCAUCCAGACACCCAUCCUCCUCAUCCCUUAACACUUAACGGACCCAGAUGAAGUCAAUCCGUUUCAUGAGAUGCAUGUUCGUGCUUCACUAACGGAAAGCCAUGACCCGUACAUACUAUUCCACUUUCUCGUCACAUAUUUUUAAUUACCUCUUUUUUUUCCAUACUGUACUAUUAGUUUUCCCCCCCAUCUUUUUUUAUCAACCUAUCAUCUACGUCUCUUUCCCUCUCUGUGCUGUUCUUUAGCUCAAGACGCAUGAUCUCACCACACGUCGAGAUACCUCAAGAAUAU